AUUGUUCCUCGGAAGUUUAAUAAUUAUCAUGCUGUUUAUUAUAUCAAUACGAUUCAGUAGUACAAAGGUUAACAUAAUUUGAACGAUAUCCCCGGGAAAUUAUACAAUACAACCCUCUAAGAUGUCGAAAAUAAUCGGUAUGUAUAAUAUUGAUAUAUCCACGUUCUAAUAUUGUAACUUUGUGGUGAAAUAUGUCGCAAAUUUUCUGUACAAGGCAAUCGGUUUAUUAAUAUAAAAUACAUGUAAUUAAACGAACUCGAUUUACUACGCCCAACGCUUUAGAGUAAAUAUGUUUAUAUUAUCAAAACAAUAGUUAAAAUUAUGUUUUUUUCCUUUUAAAAUUUUCAAUAGUUAACAAUCCUGUCGUCGAAAUGCAAGGGGAUGAGAUGACGAGGUACAAAGAUUUCUUUAAAAUGUCAAUUUAAAACCAUCGAAGCGAUUAUGCAAAUUUACUAUAAAUUUGUAUACAAUUUUCCACAACGUCUGUUUUUGAACAUCUUUUAGCUCUAUAAAGCUAAGAUCUUGUGUAUAAACUAUAAAUAAAAGUAGAUUUUGUAAAAACUAUUAAAAACCCAUCGGAAAAUUUUAUUGUAAAUAAUAUUAUGCAAUACCUAUCAUCAACAUAUGUCUGAGCUGUGAUGUGAUGAUAAAUCAUUAGCACACAUGAUAUAUCAUGAGCACACAAUUUUUUCCUCUAGUGAUGGGUAUGGAUGUUGUUUGUUUGAUUUUCAAAGCAAGCGAUAUCACUGCCCGAAUAAUAUUGCUAUGCUGCCCCUACAGAAUGUCAUUGAACAUCUUUUCUAAUGUCUUUUUCCUGGCAAUUUAGACAAGAAUUCAUGUCUACCUAAGCAGUGUUUCUGCAAGAUGCAUGAAACCAGACAGCUCAUUUCCUGUGCAAACAUAUAAAUCUUUGGACAGUUUUGCACAAAUCAGUCUUUAUGUUUUGGUUUUAUGUUCUAAUUGCAGAAUUAUAUGGGACUUAAUAAAAGAGAAAUUAAUUCUGCCUUACGUGGAUGUCAAAAUAGAAUUCUAUGAUCUUGGAAUUGAAAGUCGAGAUGCAACAAAUGAUCAAAGUAAGUUUUAUUAAGAGAGGCAUUUGAUUCAACCCUUACUGGACCUCUAGGGAGAACUGUUUAGAACUGUUAGCACUAUCCAGUAUAAAUUUCCUCCUGACGUAGUAUAACACUUAAUCAAUAAGGUAUGUAUUACUGGACCUCUAGAGAGAACAGUUUAGAACUGACAGAGCAAUUCAGUAUAAAUAAAGUUAAUUUAACAAUAUUAAUAUUUAUUCAUAGUAACUAUUGAAGCAGCAGAAGCAAUCAGAAGAUGUAACGUUGGCAUAAAAUGUGCAACUAUUACACCAGACGAGAAACGAGUAGAAGGUUGAAAAUAAAAGUGUUGUUGAAGAAUUAACCCAUUGAGCCGCAAUGCACCCCAGUGCAUCCUACUUAUAUUUUUUUACUUGUCUAAUGCCAGACAAAAAAAAAUGGCCAAUGUCUCUAGUUAACCCAUUGCACUGCAUUGCACCCCAGUGUGCCCUACUUAUUUUUUUACUUGUCUAACACCAGACGAUUUUACUUGUCAAUGGGGAAGCUCUGCAGUUUUAUGGGUUAAAUAAUUAAGUUUGUCUUUGUAUAAUUUGCAUGCGGAUGUAUCAUGCAAGUAAAUAGAAUUGAGAAAUUUAGUUUGUUUUUUUCUUCUCCUAUAUGUAUGUGUCAACAUUGACUGUCAAAUUCAACUUCAAAUUUUAUAUUUUUGUCAGAAUUUAAACUCAAGAAGAUGUGGAAGUCGCCAAACGGGACAAUAAGAAAUAUUUUAGGAGGAACCGUUUUUAGAGAACCAAUAUUAUGCAAGAAUAUUCCUCGACUCGUUAAAGGAUGGGAAAAACCAAUAAUCAUCGGACGUCAUGCCCAUGCCGACCAGGUUAGCAUAAGUUGAGUUUUUGUUCGGGUUGUCAGUCGGUUGGUCGUACAAUCAAUGAACCAACUUGCGAGCCAACCAUUGUUACUUAACUUAUUUUUACUCUAUAUUUUCCAGUAUAAAGCAACAGAUUUUGUCGUGCCAGCCUCUGGGAAACUGGAGCUAGUCUAUAGACCUGCAGAUGGCGGAGAAGCUGUCAUUUAUGAAGUUCAUGCUUUUAAGAAUGGCGGUGGUGUUGCCAUGGGGAUGUAUAACACUGAUGAGGUAGAACUCUUGUUAAUUCUUCCUUUGUUUCUGUGUUCCAUCUUUAUUCAUUUCUUCAUUCCUUUCUUCUCUUCCUUUCCUCCUUUCCUUCCCUCUCUUUCUUCACUUUGUUCUUCACAUCUCUCCUUUCUUUCUUUUCAUCUUCCCCCUGUCUACCACAGGUCCUCCUUUCUUCCUUCUUCACCCCCUCUUUCCUUCAUUCCAUUCUUCAUUUCUUUCUUCGUUCCUUUCUUCAUUUCCUCCCCUCCUUUCCUUUCCUCUCUUUCUUCACUUCGUUCUUCUCUCCUUUCUUUCUUUCCAUCUUCCUCCUGUCUACCACAGGUCUUCCUUCUUCACCCCCUCCUUCCUUCAUUCCAUUCUUCGUUCCUUUCUUCAUUUCCUCCCCUCCUUUCUUUUCCUCUCUUUCUUCACUUCGUUCUUCUCUCCUUUCUUUCUUUCCAUCUUCCUUCUCUCUACCUCAGUCCUCCUUUCUUCUUUACUCACUCCUUCCUUCAUUUCUUUUUUUCAUUUCCUCCCUUCUCGUCCCCCCUCCCUUACUUUUCCAUCCUGUGUGUUAAACCCAGGGGUGGAAAAAUAGGCGAGCACUGCUCGCAGGAAAUGUUAAACAGCUGCAGCACAUUUGUUUGAAUGAAGAUUUGCUAUUGACAUUUGAAGGAAACCUUAACACCUAUGUCCCACUAUGGGCGCAACAACAUAUGGUUGACAGACAUUAUUCCUCGAAUUUAAAACCAUGGUCAGCUAGAACACUAUAUGUUUAUGUACAUGCAGAUUUAACACAAAAAUACUCCGUUGGUCUGCAAGAAAUUUUUGUCUCCAAGUUGUGAUACCAGGGAGAAAAUUAUUUUUCCUGCCAUGGUUAAACCCAUUCUCAUCACGAAUCCUUUUCUCUUGCUCUAGUCAAUAAGAGGCUUUGCUCACAGUUCAUUCCAGUUUGCAUUGCAAAGAAACUAUCCACUAUAUAUGAGGUAAGACACUCGUCAACACUUUCACAAUGUUAGCUACAGUAAAAAAAUCUGCAUCAUACGCCGUUUUCCCAAUAGACAAUUCCCAUUAUAGACUAAUUUUAAAACUAGGCAAGGAGAUGCAAAUAAAUCACCACAGCUAGAAAGAGCAUACUAAAAUGAGUAAAAUUGCAAAGUUUGGUUGUAAAAUGCGGAAAAUAUAGCCUUGCAAAGUUUGCCAAUUUUGUCAGUAUACUUUGGUAUUGCGUGCGGAAAUUGCUACCAUUUUCAGCCCAAAUUCUUUCCGGGAAUAUACUUUUUUGCCAAGAUAAAAAAAUUAAUCUAUAAUGAGAAUUGUCUAUUAGAGUCUAACAUAACUAUUAUGAAAAACUUAAUAAAAACAUAUAAGAUUGUUCGAGUUCGAUUAUUUAAUUUAUUUUCUUUGUUACAGUACUAAGAAUACAAUUCUCAAGAAAUAUGAUGGACGAUUUAAAGAUAUCUUUGAAGAGAUAUACAAAAGGUAAAAACAGAUAUAUCUUGCGUCACACAGUCCUUCAGGAACUAAAAUCAUAUAUUUAUAAACAAGUUGUUUAAGAGUGUUGAAGGGUAAAUGUAUGCGGUGUGUUUUAGUGAGUACAAAUCGAAGUUUGAGUCACAAGGUCUGUGGUAUGAACAUCGUUUGAUAGAUGAUAUGGUGGCCUACGCCUUGAAGAGUGAUGGAGGCUUUGUCUGGGCGUGUAAAAAUUACGAUGGUGAUGUACAGUCUGACUCUGUUGCACAAGGUAAGGGAGGGAGCCUUUGGAAAACCUAGGAUGGAAGACAUUUCAUAAAAGAUGCCGUCUUUAUGUAUAAAAUACUGAAUCACCACACCGCCCCAAAUCUCAAAAAACUGUUCAAUAAAUGGGUUAGUCGCGCUUUAAAUAAAGUUUUACAUACAUACGUAUUUAUAUUCAUGACUAUUACCACUGAUAUCGAAGAAACUAGACUCAGUUCCGAAAUAUCGCAUACACGAACCGACCUGACUGCGUAGCUCAGUUGGCAGAGCAUUGGGCUAGUAUUCCAAAGGUCGUAGGUUCGAUUCCCACCGUGGCCAGGCAUAUUUUUCAAGCCUGCCCGGUGUGGAUAUACACUCAGAGUAAGCAUCUUAUUCACCCCAUCACACAAGCAUCUUAUUCACCUGAGUACAAUACACCAACACAGCAAAUCUCAAAAGUUCCAACUAUCUUCAGGUUACGGAUCACUGGGACUUAUGACGAGUGUUCUAGUGUGCCCGGAUGGUAAAACAGUGGAGUCUGAAGCAGCUCACGGCACUGUCACACGUCACUAUCGCAUGCAUCAACAGGGGAAGGAAACGUCCACUAAUCCUGUGGGUAAGUCGCGCACAUUGUGCAAAUAAGAUUCCUUCAAAUUGUGAUUCAUUGCGAUUCCGUUUUUCUAUAGCAUCUAUCUUCGCAUGGACGAGGGGCUUGCAACAUCGUGCUAAGCUUGAUGGCGAGUAUUUGUUUAUUUUGUAACGUUGAAGUUUUUGUUCCUUGAUGGUCGACAACCUUUUGGAAGAACAGUUAGAGCUAUCCAGUAUAAAUAAAGUUAGUUUAGUUUAGGUUUCCUCCUCUUGUAACACUGGAUCAAUAAGAGAUGAUCCUUACUGGACCUCUAGGAAGAACAGUUUAGAACUGAUAGAGCUAUCCAGUAUAAAUAAAGUUAGUUUAGUUUAGGUUUCCUCCUGUAGUAACACUGGAGCAAUAAGAGAUGAUCCUUACUGGACCUCUAUGAAGAACAGUUUAGGACUGAUAGAGCUAUACAGUAUAAAUAAAGUUAGUUUAGUUUAGGUUUCCUCCUCUAGUAACUGAAUCAAUAAGAGAUGAUCCUUAUACUGGACGUCUAGGGAGAACAAUUUAGAACUGAUAGAGCUAUCCAGUAUAAAUAAAGUUAGUUUAGUUUAGGUUUCCUCCUGUAGUAACACUGGAUCAAUAAGAGAUGAUCCUUACUGGACCUCUAGGGAGAACAGAACUGAUAGAGCUAUUCAGUAUAAAUAAAGUUAGUUAAUUUAGAUGACUGUUUUUAUUUCUUAGCUAACAACGCAUUGAAGAAUUUCUGUGUGACGUUAGAGGAGGCAUGCGUGGAGACGAUUGAAUCAGGUUUUAUGACAAAAGAUUUAGCAGGAUGUAUUAAAGGCAUUCAGAACGUCAUUCGAUCGGAUUAUCUCAAUACUUUCGAGUUCUUGGACAAAAUAUCAUCCGCAUUAAAAAAUAAGCUGGCUAAAAGUAAUUUAUAAUGAGAAAUUUAGAAAUUUUAACCAUCGAAAAUAUAGUAUAAUGACUUGUGAUUUUAUGAACACCGAAAUUUUACGCGCAGCCAACUUUAUCGUGGUAAGGUUCAGAAAUUUUAUCCACUUGCACCAUUUUUAUGCAUACAUGGUUAGCAAUUAAACAUAAUAGACAGUAUGAAUAUGAUAGUUUUAAAUGUAAUUAAUCCGCUGAAAUUAUGAUGAAUAUAUAUUGAUUUCAUGUGAUCUUUUUGUUGGUCAAAUUGUGCUUUAUAUACAUUAUUCCGCAGUUAAUAGAAGAAAUGGUUUGGAGACUCAUUAGAAUAACAAUAUUACCAAUAUAACUCAUCAUCUAUGUUAGUCAACGUUUAUGCAAAAAUAUGAUCGUCACGUUUUGCCCAACUAACCAAUAGCAAUGUUUUAGGAAAGUUAGUAAUCUGUGACUAACUUAAAAAUUGCUGUUGGUGGAUUUGGCAAAAAUAUGAAAAACGCAUGUGACAAGACAAUGAUUUAUGAAGGACCAUAUAUUUUUGCACAAGUUUCCUCUGACGAGUUUCCAAACUAUCUCCUCCAGUUUACUGUAAAUUGUUCAACUAAAUUUUACACUAUAUUACAAUAUAUGUGUUAGGUCAUGUCUUGAUCCAUGCCAAGCCAUAAUAUAAUAUAAAGAAUACAGUCACAAGUCCUAGCACCAUAUAACACAUGCACUUCCUGUCUGAGCCAGCUGCUGUGAUCACUUUCUGUAGUCUCUGUGCGCUGCCUUUGAGUAAACCUCCUGCACUGCCAAACUGGUCAUCCUAUGGUGGAAAUAGGAGGUUAUGAUGGUAGU